GUUGUAAAUCCUCAUCUGGUCAUCGUCGUCAUCGACGUCAAUCCCAGACCGGGGUUCAACUCAACCCACCAACCCUGCCCUCCUGACUGGGUGGUGUGAGCGAGUGAGCGAGAGUGAGUGGGUGAGCGAGAGAGCGAGUGGGUGGGUGAGUGAGCGUGUGAGCGGGUGAGCGCGUGAGCGAGCGCGUGAGCGUGUGAGCGGGUGAGUGGGUGAGUGAGCGAGUGUGUGAGCGUGUGAGCGUGUGAGUGAGCGUGUGAGCGAGCGAGCGAGUGAGUGAGUGAGCGUGUGAGCGAGCGUGUGAGCGAGUGAGCGUGUUAGUGAGCGAGUGAGCGUGUGAGUGAGUGAGCGAGCGAGCGGGUGAGCGAUGUCGCGAGUGCGCUCAGCGCCCCCGCAGGUGACGGGCAUCUCCCCCAAGGAGGGAGCCCCGUGGACCAAAGUGACGAUCCGUGGAGAGAACCUGGGGACGGGACUCACAGACAUCACCGGGCUGACGAUCUGCGGCCACAGCUGCCUGCUCACGGCCGAGUGGCUGUCUGCGGGGAAGCUCACGUGCCGCACCGGGCCCGCGGCUCGCGGCGGCGACGGCCGCGGCGACAUCAUCGUGACCACGCGCUCUGGCGGGCCCGGCUCCAGCACCGUCACCUUCCGCGUGCUCACGCCACAGCAGAUCGGUGUUCUGGAGCCGUGUGCCGUGUGGGUGGAGGAGUCGAGCGUCAGUCUGAGGCUGAGCCGCAGCAAGGCGGCGUCGCCCCUCUCACUGCGGCCCACCAACCCCCUGGGGGUUGACAUUGACCGCUUUGAGAACCUGCGGGUGGGCGUGCAGAACCUGCGCAAGCAGGCCGCCAGGAAGGACGAGGGAGGCCUCUCGUGCGUCAAGGGGGGACUCAGCACGUUCUUCGAGGCCCAGGAUGCCCUGUCAGCGAUUCACCAGCGGCUGGAGGAGGAGGGCACGAAGACGGUGGAGGGUUGCAUGACGGAGGAGCUGGAGUACAUCCUGCAGAAGGCGAGCGGCUGUGCCGACACGCUGUUCCAGGAGGUGCUGAGCCGCAAGGACAAUGCGGACGCGACGCGCAACGCCCUGAGCGUGCUGCAGCGCUUCAAGUUCCUCUUCAACCUGCCGCUCAGCAUCGACCGCAGCGUGCACAAGGGCGAUUACGACGUCGUCAUCAACGACUACGAGAAGGCCAAGUCGCUGUUCGGCAGCACCGAGGUUCGCGUCUUCCAGAAGGUCUAUGCGGACGUGGAGGUGCGAAUCGAAGGGCUCCGCAAACUCCUGCUGGGAAAACUCCUGGAGACCCCGGCCACGCUGCACGACCAGAAGCGAUACAUCCGAUACUUGGCUGAUCUCCGUUCGCCGGGCGACCCCACUUGGCAGUGCAUUGUGGGACAACAGAAAUGGCUGCUGAGCUUGAUGACUUCCUGUCACGAGACGUGGCUGCAAGAAGAGACAGAGGAAGCGGCUUCAGGAGGGGCCGCACGCCACGGCACCGACGCUGGCGCCGACCCGGCCCUCCCGCCGGUGCCGCCGGGAGGGGGGGUAGCGGCCCCCCCGGUGGUGCCGGUGCCAGCGGGGCCGGGGGGGGGGCCGGGGGGGGUGGUCCCCACGGUGGCCGCCUGGCUGGGCCACAGCGGCUCCCUGCGGCGCACGGGCAGCUUGCGCUCCGGCCAGUCACGCACAGCCGACCACUCGCUCCUCCGCCCUCCGUUGUUGUUGGAGGGCGACUGCCUCCAACUGCCCAGUAGCGUCCUUCACGAGCCUCCUCCACUGAGGCCGAUCUUGACACCGCUGGUACCAGUCAUCGGCAAGUCCACUCAGCUCCACGUCCUCCUGUACCACAUCACUCCAUCUCUUAUCCAGCCCGUGCCGCGCCCGUCUAGCCCCCUCGAUCCGGCCGAACAAAAGCUGUUUAGGCAUGCGGUGGCUGGGCAUGCGGGCUACAUGACCCACUCACACACUCACACACUGACACUCUCACACACUCACUUACACACUCACUCACACACACACACUCACACACACACUCACUCACACACUCACUCACAUUCACACACUCACACACACUCACCCACACACUUACUCACACACUCACAUUCACUCACUCACACACUCACUCGCACACUCACUCACACACACACUCACACACUCACUCACUCACACACUCACUCACACACACUCACCCACACACUCACACACACUCACUCCGCUUGCGACUGUGCGUGUGUCCGCGAGCAGACGGGUGACAAGUCGGACCAGGUGGAGAAAGCCAAGAAGAGUGCCCGCCUGCGGCAGCACGACUUCAAGAAGAUGCUGGGCGAGGUUCUGGCCCUGCAGGUGAAGCUGCUGAGGGGGGGCGCCGCCCCUCCCCCCCCCGGCCGGGACGUGGGGGGGGCCCGGCCCUGGGACGGGUGGCGGGGGGCACGGGAACUUCCCGGCCACUGGCUGCCCCAGCUGGUCACCACGCUCAGGAACUGCCUGGACUCUCUGACGGCGCUGGACCUGCCGAGCGACAUGCUGCAAGGCCUCCACGACUUCGUCCUGGACCUGCGCGUCUACACCGUCGUCACCGUGCUGCAGCAGACGGCGCACGAGGUGAAGGGUCUGGUGGCCAAGGAGGACUGGGCCAUGGACAACAGGGGUGUGACGUCACUGCCCGGCCUCUUUGAGCAGCUCGUGCAGCGCAGCCUCAAGCUGCUGGACGACGUCGUGACCUGCAAGGGCGGAGAGACGAGCGUGUUCGCACUGGAAGCCAACACGGCUCGCGUGUCGGGGCUCUUCAUAGAGAUCAUCAAGGUCCUGCUGAGCUGCCUGGAGGAGCUGGCAACUCGCUCACACACAGAGGCCGACAGUGGGCAUUUUGCGGCUGACAUUCUGAGUCUGGAGCUGCACGGCUUGAUGAAAGACAGAGCAAAACCAACUCCUGAGCAACGCCUGCUGAUGGUGCUCAGCACUUGCCGAUACCUCUCGCAGCACGGCCUGCACAGCCUGGGGCAGCUCAUGGAGCGCCACGACCUUCCUGCCGUCGCCUCCGUGCUGCAGUUUGGCCAGCGAGCGGUGGGCGAGCUCGACGAGAAGCUGUUUGAGGAGCUGCUGGAGCAGAAGGCCGACCCCAUCGUGGGCGCCCUGGAGCCGGGCAUGUACGCCGGCUACUUCGACUGGAGCGACUGCCUCUCGCCCACUGGCGUCAGGAAUUACAUCAAGGAGACGCUGAUGCACAUCACCGCUGUCCACGCCGAGGUGAGGCCGUCACACGCAUACCCGCACGCACACACCACACGCACGCACGCACACAUACACCACACCACACGCACACACCACACGCACGCACGCACACGCACGCACACGCAUGCACACGCACACACACGCACACGCACACACGCAUGCACACGCACACACACGCAUGCACACAUCACACUACACACACGCACCACACCACAACAACAACAACAACAACCGCCAUUCGCCACUAAGUGGCGGUGACGUCACCACGAUGCUUGUGCCAGGCCAAGUGCACCUUGAGGCCAUGUGAAGUGUCGAACGCCCGCUGGCAGGAGGUCACAGGGCAGACCCAGGUGCCACGGGUCGACUGACCGAGAUGACCGAGAUGACUGGCUGAUGCACCACCUGUGCCCCCUACUGUACCAACUGGCUGUGCUUUAGCCACCCGGCGCUCCGCUCGUUGUUGUGAGCGUCGCUCCUCCGCCCUCCGUUGUUGUUGGAGGGCGACUGCCUCC